AUGGCCGCUGCAGAAGACAAUACGAAAACGGUCGUGGUCCGCCAGCGGAAACCCCAUCGCAAGUCCCGGCUGGGAUGUGGUAACUGCAAACUCCGUAGUGUCAAGUGCGACGAAUCCAAGCCAACAUGUAAGCGCUGCGCGUCCUCGGGCUUCCUGUGCAACUACGCGCGCUCCACGCCCGCGCUGCAGCUCGCGAGCAGCAUAGGCGGCGCCGGCACGCUGAAGCUGACGCUGGACACCCCGGUGCGGCUGCCGGCGCCAAGCCUGAGCCGCGGCCUCCCGCCCCCGGGUCCCGGGCUGCGGAUCCCCGUGGCGGGGCCGGUGGCCGGCGGGCCUGAGGGCAGCUAUGAGAUGCGUCCCGCCGACUACGCGGCGCUGGACCGGUUUCGUACCAGGACGGUUUUCACUGUGGGGAAUGCGGCCACGAGGCACUUGUACCGGGACGGGGCGUUUGAGCUGGGGGUUUCGAACCCUUUCCUCCUCCACGUCUUCCUCGCCUUUGCUCUCCUACACGACUCCCACCUCGCCUCAUACACAACCUCCGCCGCCCACCGCUCCCAGCUAGCCUUCCACUGGUACCACGGCACGGCGCUCUUCCAUCGCAACCUCUCGACCGCCUCAAAGUCUUCUCCAGGGGCCCUCGCUAGCACCCACCGCGAUGCCCUCUGGGCCUCGGCUGCCAUCCUCGGGUCCGCCUCCUUCGCCUUCAUCCACUCCGUGGAACCCGCCGAGGCCUGGCCGCUCAAGGCACCCAGCCCGACAGACCUGAACUGGCUCAAGAUGAGCGACGGGAAGCGCGUCGUCUGGGACAUUGCUGAUCCCACACGGCCCGAGAGUAUCUUUCAUCCUCUCCUCGCCGACCACGCAAAAUUCGUCGCGCCAGAUGGCUUCGCUCCCAUCCCGCCCAACGCUCUGCCCGCGUCAUUCUACCCUCUCUGCAACCUGACAUCCUCCACGCCAUCUGAAAACCCAUAUCACGUCGCUGCAUCGCUCCUCGCACAGCUCCUCCCUCACGAAAUCAACGACAAAAACAUGAUCCAGUUCCUCGCGUUCCUAUCCCAGCUCGACCAGCGGUACCGCCGACUCCUCGAGGAGAAGGACCCCCGGGCCAUGCUACUGUUGGUAUACUGGCACUCGAAACUCGCGAAGUUCGAGGCAUGGUGGCUGAAGCAACGGGCUCUGGUUGAGGGAAAAGCCAUCUGUAUCUACUUGGGGAGAGAGUGUGCGGAUGACCCAAUGAUUAUGGAGUUGGUGGAGUUCCCGAAGAGGAUACUAUUCCAGGAGACUGGUACAACUAUCAUGAAGAUGGGUAACGUGUUGGACGUGACAGAUGGGAACACUGUGAGAAAUUCGGCGGAAGUGCGGUAA